AUGGCAACCGCUGAGUUGGAGAGCGUAGCGGAGUUCAAACGUCGAGCCUCAGCCCUGGGUGUAACCGAGGACCAUCUGAAGGCAUUGGUCACAGCUGGGUUUGACACCUUUGGCAUUUUGCGGUGCCAUACGUUCCUGGUGCUGCUGACGAGAAGAGCAUGGGUCGGAGAGCGUAACGAAAAAGCUGCCCACGUCAGAGAGGGUGGCACGCGCCAAGAGCAGAAGAAGCGCCUUAGUGGAGUCAUCUGGGGGCCAGAUACAGAACCCUCUGACCAAUUGGUGGAUAGAUUCGUUCAGAUGGCUGAGGAAAAUGUUGUGACCUACGUAAAGCCAGAGCUUUGCACGUCUCGGUCACAGGAGAUCUUGCAGGUCAAGCAAGCCAAGAGCUUCGCCAUCGGGUCAGAUGGUAACCUCAAAGUCGGGCAUGCUGCCCCAGAUUUCACUUGCACAACCACAGGAGAAUUGCGCCUUCGAGCUGCUCUACACCGUAAAGCCCUUGCCUUGGACCUGUCCGGAAUCCUUAGCUACAAGGCUGGAGCUGUGGCAUACGCGUCUCUUCACCUGUCUCCAGAGA